GUCUCGGCUCCACACUGACAUGUCCCGACAAACAGCGGCCGUACUGUGGCGGACGCUGGUGGUGCAAUGCAUCAAGCGGCAGUACGUGGCGUCCUUCGUCGAGUUGCUUGCAGUUCUGCUGCUGGUCACCCUCUCCCUGUCACUCAAUAACGCCGGCAACAGGCCGCAACAUCUACGGCUUGUCAGGGGCCCCGAUGGGAGCAGGCAGCGGCGCAGCGGCGAGUCUGGCGACGACUACGAGUACAACUCGGUGUUCUACAGCCCGGACAACGAUUACAAUGAGCUGCUCAUGGCCACGGCGUACCCAAAAAGUGAUCGGAAGGCGUUCGAAGACGAGUCCAGCCUGGUGAGCGCCUGCUCUCCCGUGUACUUCGCCGCGUGCGUGCACUUUGGCCACAACGUUGACGCCGGACUGACAUACACGCUGCACUACUUUGAGAGCGACAACCCAGGAAAAAAGGGCACGGACAUCGGGUUCCGCUAUCCUACGAAGUUCUACGACGAGCACGAGGCUGACAACGAAAUGUGGGGCCGCGCAUACUUGGCUCAAUCUGCCAUUAACACGGCUCACAUCAAGCUCCACAAUGCAACCAGCGCUGAUGAAAUCAAGAUCUCGGCCAGACCUUUUCCCCUUCCUGACUUCCCGGAGAACACCGGGCCGUACCGGAUCGGAUCCUUGUUUCUGCUGGGAGUUGGCCUCCUUUUUCCCGCACUGAUGCUCUUCUGGCGACUGUGCGACGAGAACUCCGGUGGACUGAGGGAAUUCCAGCGGCUGAUGGGCCUGUCAGACUGCUUCUACUGGACAGGCCACUUCGCCUGCAGCUUCUUGACGUGCCUGGUGCACAGUGGUCUCUGUGUCUACUGCACCGUUGUGCAGGCGUGGAGCAGCAAGGGCAACGCCUUCUUGGAGAAUACUGACCCUUCGCUGCUCUUCUUUGUGUUCGCCGUGCACAAUGCGCUGCAGCUGCUCCUAGUCAUGCUGGUUGCCUGUUUGUUCACCUCGAUUCUGGCUGGGUUCAUCUGCGUCGCGGUGCUGUGCUUCGUGCUGCCUGCAUGGGUUUUGUCCAAAACCGGUAGCCUCGGCUCGCUGGCAGAGUUCUUGUUCCGGGACCGCCACUUGACGCUGCUGACCUCCGUGCUGCCAACCGUGGCUACCUACAACCUGCUGAUUGUACUGGGCAUCCAGAACGACUUUGAAGGCGGCGCCUCGUGGGGAAAGACGUUCCGUUACGUCUUCGGUGUGUGCCCCGUCAACGUACUAGACAUCUGGUUCGUGAACAUUGUUGUGGCGGUCAUUCUGAUCUUGCUCGUGGCCUUCGCUUCCAACGUGUUUCCUUGGAACACGGCCAUUCCGCAGCACCCGCUCUUUCUCUUCAAGUCGAGCUUCUGGCGUCCGUCACCGACGCCAUGCCAGCUGCCGACGGGGCCGCUGCGUUUCAGCGACGAGCGCUUCGAGAGUGCGCCGCCGGACGCCAAGCCCGCAGUGCACAUCGAGGACCUGACAGUGUCCCACGGUGCCAAGGAAUCUCUGAAGAAAGUAAGCUUCCAGGCCUUCGAGAAGCAAGCCACUGCAUUGGUGGGCGGCAACGGUGCUGGAAAAACGACUCUCAUGAACGUCGUCGCAGGGCUACAGAAGCCGACUUUUGGUCGCGUUUUCGUCUGCGGCUACGAUGUGGUGGAGCACACGAACCUGGCGCGCGCGACCAUCGGCUUCUGCCCACAACGAGACCUACUCUUCAGCGACCUCACAGUCUGGGAACAUCUAAUGUACUUCGGCACCCUGAAGCAGAUCAAGCCCGGAUCACUGAUGAGUGCCGCACAAGACAUGGUGGUUGCGGCGAGCCUGGAAGACGACGUGCGCACAUUGGUGCAAGAUCUCGAGAGGGGCCCAACGAAGCGACUCAGUAUAGCCAUCGCCACUCUUGGCAAGCCAAAGGUGGUCCUCGUCGACGAGCCCACCUCGGGCCUGGACCGGCACAACACGCAGCUCGUGUGGCACAUGCUGCUGCAAGUGCGCCGUUCGAGCGCGCUGCUCAUGUCGACGCACGACAUGACCGAGGCGGACGUUCUGGCCGACCGCGUCGUCAGCCUCAGCCAGGGCACCGUAAUCUGCAACGCCUCGCCGACCCAUCUGAAGAGGAUCUACGGCGUCGGCUACAAGGUGAGCCUUGAGAAGAACACCAGGGCGCCAUUUCAGAAGCAGCAGGUGCUGUCAAUACUGCGGCGGUACGUGCCAUCGGCCGAACUCCUGCACGAUGAGCCAGAGAAGGCCACCAUCGGGCUGUACACGGUCGUCUCGAGGGACUUCGACCGGAUGUUCCUCGAGCUGGAAAGGGCCAGCGUGCACUUGGGCAUCCGAUCUAUCGGGCUCACUGUGUCCACGCUCAAGGAUAUCUACCUCAAGUUGACCUUGGCCAGCUUGUCCCUUAAGAAAAUUCACGCGCGAGCACAGCUCCUGCCGGCCGACCUGGCCAACUUGAUCACUAUCCGCGGAGAGAAGCCUGGCUCGUGGUCGGCCGCCGCCCAGGUGCUCAUGUAUGAGCGCGGCCUGUUCCUGCUCCGCGGGUGGGCGACGUACGUGCUGCUCGGCUGGCUGCUGUCCCCGCUGGUGCUGGUGGCCGCCUUCCAGUGGAUGAACGCCGACAUGCGCGAGCAGGAGCCCGCGCCCGCCGACAUCGUGCGCUUGCCCGUGUCGCUGCGCGACCACUACCCGCACGCGGCCACCUUCCUCGACGCUGACGGCGCCUCGAGGAACAUCACCCACAACUACCAGCAGCUGCUUCAUGACGAAGGCGCGGUCGUGACUGUGUACAACGGGAAUGCUCGCGAUGUACUGCUCAGUCAGGCCAUGCUGGACUACGUCGCCUACACGCAACACUACGUCUUCGGUGCGGUUUUCCGCAGCAACGGGCUCCAGGCGUGGUUCAACCCAUACGCCGCCCUCGGCCGGUCCUUGGCCGUCGACCUCGUCAGCAGCGCAGUGUUGGCCUUCCGUGCGGCUGAUCCCUCGGCCCGAUUCCAGACCACGCUCGCUGUUCACGUACCCGAGGUGGUGCCCCAGGGUCGAGUCCGUAGAAGCAGCAGCACCAGCUCGGGCGAGAUAGGCUUCGGUGGUGCCGAAUCCUAUGAGCUGAUGAUGCACGAAGACCCCAUAACGCGGCUCGUGAUGCCGGUGAACAAAAUGAUGCACGUGUGGGCGCUGCUGGCACCCCUGGCGCUCUCCCUGACGGUGGCGGUGUUCGUGGCGUUUCCCAGCGCCGAGAGCGGCAGCGGAUUCAUGCAACUGCAGCUCAUGACCGGCAUGCCGGGCUGGCUACACUGCCUGGCCAACGCGUGCUUCGACGGCCUCAUCCUGGUGUGCAUGGCCAUUCCCGUGGCCAAGAUUUUCGCCUUAUACUACCAGCUCGAGAAGGCCUCCUACGAGGCCCUAGUCCUGGUUUACAGCUGCUUUGGUAUGCUCGCCAUUCUGUCAGCCUACGUGAUCGCCUAUUGCUCCUGCAGCCUUGGCAAAGCCUACGCCAUCACGUUGGUCGUAUACGCUGUCGUGGGUUCGCUGUGCAUGGAGGCGUGCCUGUUGUUGGUGACGACGGUCGGCAGCGAGGACGCGUGGCCGCUGUGCACCGCUCAGCCGCCGUGCGCAGUGCCCGUGGCGGUCCUCAAGGUGAUCGUGCUCGAGUGGGUGCGGCUCACCUGCGAGCACAUGGCCGCCACGCCGGUCGAGAACACCACGGCGCUGCGCGCGCUGUGCAGGGACGCCCGCGACUACCGCACCACGUACCGCGAGGAUUUCUUCGCCGGGCUCUUCAAGCUGCCCGUGGACAUGUGCUGCGCCGCGCUCAAGGAGGAGGCUCCGUCCGUGUCGUGGAGCCCGUUCGAGCUGAACCCGGCCGCGGUGGGCACAGAGCUGUGCCUGCUGGCUGCAUACGUGCUGCUGCUCUUCGCUUACAUCAGCUGCCGCGACUCGGGGCGACUCUUCUGCACCGAGUCGGCAGGGAUGCCACACCGCCGAAAGCUGCCAAGCAAGGACGUCCCGCAAGUAGAAGCGCAGGCGAAAGAGGCGAUCGGGCAGGGUGCGUCGAAGCACGCACUGGUGGCCCGCGACCUGCACAAGUGGUACGACGACGGAUACGUGGUGUGCGGCCUGUCGCUGGAGCUCAAGCAAGACGAGUGCCUAGGCCUGUUGGGCGUCAACGGUUGCGGCAAGAGCACCGUGGCGCGCAUGCUUUGCGGCCUCACCAGCAUGAGCAUUGGCGAGUGCCGCAUGCCAGGCGUCCAGCUGUCCGACUCGGUCAGAGAGUGGCAGUCCCACCUUGGUUACUGCCCUCAGGACGACGCCCUCAUGGAUGCCUUCACAGGCAACGAGAUCCUCGAAUUCUUCGCCCGACUGCGCGGAGUUCCCGAAGACAAGGUCCAUGUCCUCGUCGACAGCGCCGCCUUCGUCGCCGACGUAGGCGACGACGGGCUCCAGCUGUGCGAGACGUACAGCUCAGGCACCAGGCGCAAGCUAUCGACUGCAGUGGCGGUCAUCGGCUGUCCGCGGGUCGUCAUCCUCGAUGACGCUACCGGAGGCGUCGACCUGGUUGGCCGGGAGAUGAUUUACGAAACGCUGCAGGACAUCACCCGCGUGGGUGCCAGCGGAGUCCUCUUCACCUCGCGCAGCACGGAAGAGUGCAAGAUGGCGUGCCAUCGCGUCGGCAUCAUGGCGGGCGGCGAGCUGAAGGUACUCGGCACUAUGGAGCAGCUGAAGGACACGUUCGCCAGGGGCUGCACCAUCAGCUUCCGCAUCUUCGAGAAGUUCACCGGCUACGUUGGCACCGUGGUCGACAAGGGCGUUCAACAACUCUUCCCGGGAGCCAGGCAAGCCGAAUGCCGGGAGGGCAUGUUUCUCUACUACAUCGACUACCGCCUUCCCUGGAGCCACGUCUUCUCGCGUAUCAACAAACUGCGCCGCUGGUUCGUGCUCGAGUCUGUGCUCGUCUCGGAGAGCUCGCUCGACGAGGUCCUGCUGGGCAUGGCGCGAGCCGAGCAGGCCGAAGACUCGGCCGAAGCCCAGAUGGCAGCCAAGGAUGCCUCGCGCGACCUCUACGCGGGUGACCCCUGGGGUCGCGAGGAGCAGCACAAGCACGAGCGCCGCCAGAGGCUGCGCGAGAAACGCCGCCGAAGAGACUCCCCGACGCAAGCCAGCGAGUCUGAAGCGCACAGUCGCCAUGGCACCGGCACCGGAGUCGAAGUUUAGGCCUCGUGUUUCCCAAUCUUGGGACCCAUUCGAGUGACGCGAAGCGAAGCGUCGUUGCGCAUUUCCUAGAUCAAGUAUGAUAAUUAUUGCCGUUUACUUGUUGCCACACUGCGAACAUGUUCCAUAUAUGUUUUAGCUGGAAAACCGUUUCUUUCUUGUGUAAACUCGUAUCGGCGGUAUGUUCCGUUUGUCGCUGUCUAUGGAACUGUUCAAAAUCCUUGUAUAAAGUUAUGUUCCCGAUUGG